CCGAAAAACCCACAACAAAACCUUCUGAAAGUCCCCAAUUGCCCGAAGAGAGAGAUAGAUAUAGAGGGAGCGAUGCUACAUGCCUUCGUCUCUCCGGUGGCCGUGACCACACCAACCUCGUGUACCAGGACCACCACGUGGCUCAAUCGUCCCCGUCCAUCACCGAAUUUCCCGGUCAUCCGCCGGCUGCACCAUCUUCUGCAUCUAUCCCAGCCAUGUGUCUGGUCACGUCCUUCCCCAGUUAGGAGUUUUAGUGCCACUGCAUUUGACUUCAAAGGUGGAAAAGGAAUGAGUGGUUUCCAUGAGGUUGAACUCAAAGUCCGCGACUAUGAACUGGAUCAGUAUGGUGUUGUAAACAAUGCUGUUUAUGCGAGUUACUGUCAACAUGGUCGUCAUGAACUUUUGGAAAGGGUUGGCAUAAGUGCUGAUGCAGUUGCUCGUACUGGUGAUGCAUUAGCAUUGUCAGAGCUGUCUCUCAAAUUCCUUGCACCUUUAAGGAGUGGAGAAAGAUUUGUUGUGAAGGUGAGGUUAUCCGAUUCUUCAGCUGCUCGUCUAUUCUUCGAACAUUUUAUCUUCAAGCUACCAAAUCAAGAGGUUUCUUUCUGUCAUCUUUAUACUUACCCUAUUUUCUGAGGAAAAAAAAAACGAAUUCUCAUAAGCACUCAUCUUGAUGCCUGGGCGCUCCAUGUAUGUGGUUGUCCAGCCCAUUUUGGAGGCGAGAGCAACAGCAGUCUGGCUUGACAAAAACUACCGUCCUGUCCGUAUUCCACCAGAGGUGAGAUCUAAAUUUGUUCAGUUCCUUCGGCAUGGGGAAUCCAACUGAUUCUUGUGGUGUUGCAGUUUGGUAAAAACAUUACUUCGUCAAAGAACUGAUGUACUUUUAAUUAUUUUCUGGCUCAUCCUUUGUUUUGGCCUUAAAAAUUUUGAUUUUCGUUAUAUAUAUAUAUAUCUGAAAAGAGCCUCUUGAAGCAUAAGGUGUAGAAUUUCAUACUGGAACUUUUGCUUUUUAUUGAAUGAAGAGAAAAGAAGCAUAGUUACUG